AUUUUAUCGGUAGUGUCAGAGAAUGGAAGUGGCUAAUUAAUUUCAGAAUGCUAAAGUGGAACUUGGGGGCGCUAAUGUAUAAAAGUUUCGCCGAUCCCAUGAAAAAAGGACUUGGCUGCUCUCAAGCUUAUGUCAAACUUGUCAAAGCGAUCAAACUCAUGAGUUUCUAACCUACUGCAAACUAUUGACAACUAUUAAAAGUCAUGUCAACAUUGGAGGAUAAAAUUUUGGGAGAAAAAUUGCACUACUAUUGCAGUAGUUCUAGCGAAGAUGAAGGAAAUGAUUCUGGAGAUUCUGAUAAAGAAUGCGAUGAUGUAAAGUAUACUGAAGAACCUCUGCAAUAUAUCGCACCUUCAUAUUCAAAAUGGGAUGGCACUUGUAGUAACACAGGACCAAAAGGUGUUAUAAAGGAUUGGCAACGAUAUAAACAAUUAGAAGCAGAAAAACGAGAAUCACAAGAAAAAGAAAGGCUACAGUUAAUCAAGAAACUGAGUUUAACGUGCCGCAGUACUUUAGAUGAAGAAAAGGAAAAGCAAAAUGAAGAUCUAGAAUUAGAAAACUUAUUUGCUGAUGAAUUCCUUCUGGAAUAUCAGAGACAACGAAUGAAGGAAAUGCUUGCAAAAACACAAAAGCUUCAUUUUGGAAAAGUUAUUGAUUUGGAGAAUACAGACCAAUUUCUGCAAGCCAUUGAUCAAGAAGAUAAAUCAGUGAUAAUUAUUGUUCACAUUUACGAGGAUAAUAUACCUGGCUGUGAAGCUAUGAAUGGCUGUCUGAUAUCUCUUGCAGAAGAAUAUCCUCAUGUCAAAUUUUGCAAAAUUCUAGGUUCAACUGCAGGCCUCAGCAAACAGUUCAAGAAGUUUGGUGUACCAACGUUGUUAGCAUACAAAAAUGGGCAAGUGAUAGGAAACUUUGUGCGUGUUACAGAUCAUCUAGGAAUUGAUUUUUAUUCAUCAGAUGUGGAAACGUUUCUCACUGAGCAUGGAAUUCUCACAGAUAAAAACUGCGUACCACUUAUUAUUUUAAACAAUGAAAAUAGAACUUCUGAUAGUGAAUAAAAAAAUUAUCAUUCAUCAUCAAUAAUCAAAUAUAUAUCAAAGUAUAAUAAUUAUAAGACAAAUACAAACUUUUAAAUCAAAUACACAUCAUUUUAAUCAUUCA